AAAUAUCUUUUGGGUACUGUACUUCUUCUUGAGAUACAUUAGUGCAUUCCUAAAAGUAUUUCUGUUUAAAAUGGUUACGAAUAGUAGGAUUUUCAUUAUAUUUGCACUUCUGCUUGCUGUUGUUCUUUUCAUCUCUUCUGAGGUGGCUGCUAAGGACUUAUCCAAGAAAACAGAAGAGACAUUAAAUGAAAAUGGAGCAGAAGAUGCAAAGUACCACGGUGGACGAGGCGGUGGUGACCACGGUGGACGUGGAGGAUAUGACCACGGUGGACGUGGAGGUGGCGGAGGAGGAUAUGACCAUGGUGGACGAGGUGGCCGUGGUGGUGGGCAUAACUGUCGUCAUGGUUGCUGUGAUCGUGGUGGAUACUAUAAGGGUGGCUGCAAUAACUGUUGCUACUCCGCUGCCCAAGCCAGAGCUUUUGAAGCUUCUGUUGCCGCUGAAGUUAACGGACCUCAAAACUAAGUAGUCUAGACGGUAGAGUUAACAUGAAUGUGUAUGUACUGUGUAUAACUCUACCGAAUUAGUAGCACUAGUCCACUAUAGCUAGCAAAUAUAUAUGUAUCAGCAGGUGCUCGUAGAGACACAAAUACAUAUUUGUAUGUCCACCGGUAAAAGUGUUUACUUAUCCUGGUGAAUAAAUAAAUGACGAACAUUACUUAUGAGAA